AUGGGCACAGUCAAAGACAAAUUCCAGACUCUCUAUGUGAUGGGGGUCAAAAAGUUAAUGAUGGCAAGCACCUCAGGACAAGGAUUUAGCCCUGAGAGAAACUACAGGUGUUGGCUAGAUGAAACUUUUUCCAGUCAUGAAACAGCUGAUGACGAGCUAUCAUAUACUCCUGAUGUAGAUAAUAAUUUGAUUGAAACAUCUAGCCAAGAUUUUUCUUUAACUUUGGAACCGGUUAUUGGGAUGGAAUUUGAAUCAGCAGAAGAUGCUAGAGAUUUUUAUGAGAUGUAUGGUAGGCAUAUGGGAUUUACAAUACGGAACAAUCGUACACGUCGUUCACUAAAAGAUAACACAAUAAUUGGCCGGGAGUUUGUUUGCUCAAAAGAAGGUUUCCGAGCAGAAAAAUAUGCAACGAGUCAAAACAGAGUUCUUCCAUCACGGCCAGCCACCAGAAAGGGAUGCAAUGCAAUGUUGAGGAUAACGGCAAAGGAUGGAGGCAAGUGGGUUAUAUAUGGUUUUGUAAAAGAACAUAAUCAUGAGUUGAAUCCUAACAAAAUACCACCUCGACGAUCGCAUAGGAUUGCAUUUUGUGAGGAUGAGAAGGACUUGAAAAUCCGGGAACUGUCCACGGAGCUACAUCGAGAGAAAAAGAAGUCUGCAGCUUAUCAAGAGAAGCUACAGAUUGUAUUGAAAUAUAUCGAGGAACAUACUCACAGGUUAUCAUUGAAAGUUGAACUGGCAACUAACAAUAUGAGAGAACUUGAAUCUGAAGAGCAAGACAGUUCAUACUCAGACUAG